AUGGGGACGUAUCUCCCCCUCAAAGCCGGACGUUAUGGGCGGAUCAAAAGCAGUGACUUCAGAAUUUGCCUUGACAAAUUGAGAAUUAGCGAUCCUAUCGCCACUAUUGAGGUUAUUGUGCAGACUGAGAUGUUGAUGAACGACGGAUCAGUCUUUGAGACCCUCUUGCUUUAUCGAACAACACGGCCUGUUCAGGUUCAUAUGUGGAAAUUGCAUCAUGUUCGUUUCCGUCAUGUACUAUGUGCCCACACCCUGAAUAACAUAGGUAGGCAAACUGGACUGAGAACUGACUAUUCCAAUGUACUGAACGAGCAGCAAUUCAUGUGCUCAAAAGACUUAUCAGAUACUAUCGGAGCGAGCAUCCGAUAA